UUGGAGGACAAAGGUAGUGAGGCAAGAUGUGCAUGACAACACAUAUAAGAAGUUAGAUUUUCCCAACAACAGGAAUGUUGCACUACCGUCUAUAUAUUCUCUAUAAAUUGCUUAAAAUAUUCAAACACUGCUUUUUAACUUUUUAACCCACAUACCAUCAUACCAUAGUAGAUGCUUGACAGGCCUUAGGGGUGGUGGAAAUAGCUAACCAACUUUAUGAUUUUCUGGACUGAACUUAGACUGGGAUAACGUCACGACUGACAUUGGAUUUGCUAAAAAUGCCAUUGGUAACGUGAAGAAAAGUAAACCUCCCUCCUUCAAUUGGCUCCAGCUAACUGAGGCCUCAAACUAGAUGAGAGACAACAGAAGGAUGUCCUUUAGUUCUGUUGAGUCAGCUUCAUGUGCAGUCCGGGUCAUGAGGAAUGCAUGUGCUCCUUUGGUGUUUAGCGGGGAAGCCCAGAAAACAAGGAUCGCUACUGUUGUAGUAUUCUGCCAACAGAGUCUGAGCCUCGACCUGCUCUCAGACAUGGAAGUGAAAGUCGCUGCUGGUGUCACAACAAGCAGAAGUCAACGGAUAAAGACAAGGGCGGGCACGAAACCACCAGUUCCAUCCUCUCGCGCUCAAUAAAUGUAUGAAUGGGCCUAAAAGAACUAUAACAACAGCUGGAUCAGACUGAGCGGCACUACUAGUAGAACAAUAUAACUCACUUCGGUGCUCUAAUGCAGCCAAGGCAAUGCUGACAUCUCCUCUGAAUCCAAAGGCAUCAUCAUGCUGAAAACGGAGGCCUCGGGGGAGAGGACCAGCCUCCGGAGUGCCUCCCCCCACCGUAACGCCUACCGGGCUGAGUUUCAGGCACUCAAGAAGGCCUUUGACCAGCCUCAGCUCGAUGGAGACUCAAAGCCCAAAGACCUCGAGCGGGUGAAACAACCGAGGGGACGCCAGUAUGGCACACACGUCAGUCGCAUUAAGGACAUGUUCAUGCAAAUGGGGUCAGAGAAUGCAGCUGCUAAGACCAGGGGUCGUGAUGAAUCUUCACCACAAAAGCUGGUGAAGCCCACGAACUUCGUCAAUAAGGCUGAUGGAUCAGUGAUAAAACUUCAGCAUUCUUCAUCAACUGAAAGGAUUGGAGGUGCCGGGGCAAAGUUUUCCGAAACCAGAAAGCUAUUUGAACAACAGUCACGCGACCAGUCCCAAUCACCAGUCUUUCCCUACGGCCGUGAUAAAAGGGGUUCCCAUGAGCACCUCGAUGACUGGCGAGGGGCGAGGUCCAACCGAGGCAGUACAGACUCCUUGGAUUCUCUGUGCUCCAGAACAGAGGCAUCCUCACCAACUGUCAGCCAACUCAGUGCUGUUUUUGAAAACGCUGACCACCACAACCAGGGGGUUUCAUACAGAGGAGUCAGCAGACGAGCCCUCUACUCACCUGACGGAUUCCAGCGCCAUGGUGGAGACGUCAGUGAGGAUGAUUCUCUUCGACAAUCUCCAGUUCGUGGAACCUACCGGAACAGGAUAGGGGGCAAGUUACCCACAUCCUCGUCUUCGGAGGACCUUCUGAGCCCGAGUCCUGGAGUAGAGACUUCAGAGCGCAAACAAGAUGCUCCACAAAAGGAAGAAACCCAAGACAAAGCUGGAGAGGCUACAGCGGGAGAAGGACAGCGGUUUUCUGGUGCUUCCACCAAUGGAAACCAGAUUAAUGGUUCUUGUGAAGAAGAGGAGAAACUGCAGGACACAACAAAACAAACUGAGGAUCUCGGAGCCUCCAAAUCCUCGAAACCUACACAUGGUGCUGUAAUUACAAACAAAGCUUUAGAGGACACCACUCACGAGUCGCUGCCGACCACCAGGGAAAGCCAAGAGGACAGAGAUGCUUCAAAGGAAGAACAAUCUUCCAAGGACCAGAUGGACGAGCCUGAUGAGGAAUACACUGGGAAUGAGCGGGUGAUUUUUAACGCAGAUGGGGACGCCUGUUACCAGGGCUGGGGGGAAAGUUGCACGGAUCCCGAGGAUGACCUCUACGGUGACGAUGACGAGGACAUUGUCUACGACCCGGGGUCCGAUCUGACAGAGAUUCCUGGUCUGCCGGAAGAAAACAAAGAGGACAUCCCUCCGAAGAGGAAGAUUCGCUUCAGCAGUGCUCCUAUUACAGUGUUUAACACCUACUCCAAUGAAGACUAUGACCGACGUAAUGAGGAGGUGGAUCCCGUGGCCUCCUCUGCUGAGUAUGAGCUGGAAAAGAGGGUGGAGAAACUGGAGCUCUUCCCUGUGGAGCUAGAGAAAGAUGAAGACGGCCUGGGGAUCAGUAUCAUCGGGAUGGGUGUUGGUGCUGACGCAGGCCUGGAGAAACUGGGCAUCUUUGUUAAGACUGUCAUUGAGGGUGGAGCUGCGGAGAGAGAUGGCAGAAUCAAAGUUAAUGACCAGAUCGUGGAGGUGGAUGGGACCAGUUUGGUGGGCGUCACUCAGAGCUUUGCUGCCUCAGUCCUCAGGAACACAUCAGGAGUUGUCCGGUUUGUGAUCGGCCGGGAGCGUCCAGGUCAGCAGAGUGAGGUGGCCACGCUCAUCCAGCAGACCCUGGAGCAGGAAAGGAGACAGAGAGAACUACUAGAGCAGCAGUACGCCCACUAUGAUGCCGAUGAUGAUGAGCAGACGGGAGAAUACGCCACAGACGAAGAGGAGGCAGGAACAACAGUGGCUGGAGGAGAGAAGAGCAUCGAAGUGUUUGACUUACCGGAGACGGAGGAUAUCUUGUCUCCGUCGGAGCUGGAUGCCACUAAACUCUACCAGAAGUUCAGAGAGCUCCAAAUCAAGCACACGGUGACCGAGGCCGAGAUCCAGAAACUGAAAAACAAGCUGGCGUCAGUGGAGCGGGAAAAGCAGCGCUGGGAGAAGGAGAAGAGCCAGCUGAAGGCCAGCAUCGAGGAGAACAAGGAAAGGAUGUUGAAGCUGGAGAGCUACUGGAUCGAGGCGCAGACGCUCUGCCACACUGUCAAUGAACACCUGAAGGAGGCCCAGGCCCAGUACCAGGCUCUGGAGAAGAAGUACAACAAAGCCAAGAAGCUCAUCAAAGACUUCCAGCAGAAAGAGGUGGAGUUCAUCCAGAAGGAGGAUGCAGAGAGGAGGCGGCUGGAGGAGGCUGAGAAAGCUCACCUGGCUGAGAUCCAGGGACUGCAAGUCAGGAUUGCAGCAUUAGAGUCGGAGCUAAUGCAGCUGAUGAAGCAGAACGGUAUCCAGGUCAACAACAACAACAGCAGCAGUUCUGAGAGGCUCAGCGCUCAACAGCACAGCCCGAGCCGAGCUGCAACACAAGCCAGAGACACGAAGGAGGGCUCUCCCCACUCACCCAGCAAAAUAAAGGGCUACGGAGGAGUUCCCAGAGACAGCAUCUGCUCCACAGAAGGAGAGAUCUCUGAAGGUCGUGGAAGUCAAUCCCACAGCCACUCUGGUCCGUUUCGUAGUGUGGCCUCUUGCGAUGGAGGAGUUCCAGCACUUAGGGUCCAGGCCAGUGCAGAGGGCUCCCCCAGAAAAACACUCCACGGUUCUCAGUCUCCGAGCCCCUCUCAUAGUUUGGAGGAGCAGAGACCAGCUCUGGACCCUGGGAAAACCAAAGUGAAGGACAAAGAUCCCAGAGCUUCACCUGGAAACAGUUCCACAGAGCCGUCAGCAGAGGACAGUCCAGAGUACCUCAAGGCCAAGACUGCACUCACAUGGCCCCACUUCUUCUCCUAUUCACAUUAUGUGGCACCCACUUUGUGCGAUGAUCUGAGUGCCAGCAGCAGCAGCUCAGUGGAGAUCAGCGGUCUGCUCAGUGAAGCCAAGAUGUCAGGACGCUCACACACGCUGGUGCUGUCCUCAGAUGAGAGUCUGGAUAUGAUAGAUGAUGAGAUGCUAGACGAGGGGCAGUUUUCAAAGCAGUACCAGUGGCAGAACCGCAGCAUUACCGAAUGGACUUCACAGCAAGUGGCCCACUGGCUUAUGGGCCUAAACUUAGAACACCAUAUCCCAGAAUUCACUGCCAAAAAUAUAGAUGGAGUGCAGCUGCUUCAGCUGAGUAGCGCUGAGCUCAAGGCUCUUGGGGUCACUUCUUCCCAGGAUCGAACGCUGAUCAAGAAGAAGAUCAAAGAUCUUAAAGUUAUGAUGGAAAAGGCCAAGAGGAACCAAGAAAAGAUGGAGAAACAGCGCGAAAAGCUGCGGAAGAGAGAGCUGGAGCAGCAGCAGAAAGAUGCACGUAAAGAAAGUGCGGCGGAGUGAAACGAGCCCUCAGAUUACCUCCCGCUUUACUGUAGCACCACACCAAGUAGCAUCUUGCAGAACAGAACGUCAGCAGGCCCCACAAACGAACCCUGAGGGACGCCUGCUCAGUAGUUCAGUAGUUCUGAAAGGUGGAGCUCCACACCCAGCUGUCAGUUGUUGUUGAGUGACCUUUUCACCAACCAAAUGAAACCAAAAGGAUCAGCUGGAUAACAGAAUGGUGCCCUUCAUUUGCCUCAUUUUACACCCAUCCUGUGUUUUUAGCCAGAGUUUAUGGAUUCUGUUUUGCUGUUUAUAGCUGUAAAUUGGUUUUAUUUAUUCAUAUCCAGAGUGCGCCUGUGAAAAGUUCAUCUCUUUUACCUACCACAUCAUCUCUAGAGACUUCUCUUACCCAUCAUAGCACCUUUAGACAUAGACAUGUACAUGUACAGUGAUAAAUAAGGAUAUAGAUGAUGUGCCAUUUCAAUAGACUUAUGUAUAUCCUGCUCAAAUCUAAAGAUCAGUGGAAUCUCUUUAUGGCUUUUACGAAGCACAUACAGUUCAGGUCUUUGUGUUGGAUUACAUGAGGCAGUGUUCAUCUCCCACCACUGGGUGUCCCCAUGCUGCUUACUUUCACUACUGAAUAAGGCAACACUGGAACUUUCCUAAAGGAAUUGAACUGGAAAUGAAAGAUUCGCCGGGAGGAACGAGCGCUCCGAUUUCUUGCAAGAACACUGGAAGUGCAACCACUGUAAAUUUGACCUGCCUACUGGCUUACAGUGCCCCUUACCGUAUACAUGUAUCAUACUCAAGCCGUUUAAAGUAUGAAUGAUGAAGACAUACUAAACUGACUGGACUUGUUCUAAUAGAGAUUUCAGGUACUGUGUAAUUAUUACAUUUGUAACUUACCUAACCCGAACCACAAAAAACAGAAAAGUUGAUAAAAAUGAAACUUCUUGCUUAAAUGCAUAAUGUUGCUUUGACUCCCCCUUGCAACCUGCUUUUGACCUCUUUUUAUAUUCUCUCAGUAACAAAGUAAUACCUGCCGCUGCCUUUAGAAAUUCCAGCUUAGUAGAAUUUUUCCAAACUCUUCCCGCUUCUGUGCGAGUGUCACGACACAUACGAUAGACUAAACUACGUCCUCAUUCCUGUCAUUUUAUUAUCUCCGAUGACCAAGCUUUGUCAUGCAGAUUUCUCUGGAAUGUCCUGAAAAUAACAUUUUGUAAUGCUGCCAUAAAGAUGCUUUGUGCGACACCUAAAGUGCAGAAACUGUCCUUAAAGAUGAUCUCACCUAAAACGUUGAUGUUACACUGGAAUUGAACUUUACAGCCAGAAUAUAUUUUGGACUUUAUUCUGAAUUUGGUUCAUCACUGUUGGAACGAUUUAGGUUAUUGUUUUAAGAUUUCAAAGCUCACUGAGAGACAUUUUGCCUGUGUUACUUCUUUAUCAUUCCCAGGAAUUAUUUCAUAGGUUGACAUUAAAUGUAGAGACACCACAGCCACCAUGAGAGAUAUACAGGCAGCUGUGAUGAUAUCUUUAUCUUAAUGACCCUGUCUGGUGUGCUGCUAACAGGCUGAGAAGAAUAGACGGGGUAUCAGUGCGGGUAUCAAUGAUAGUAGAUUGUGUUAUUAUUUAUUUAUUCCUGUAUUUAAUGAAGCAAUGUACUAUUGUUUAUGAUAACGAAAUAAGAGGAUUAUUAACAUUUAAUAAUUAUUUAUCCAGAAUUGUAUGAUUACCUACUUUUGCCAAACAUGAUCAGAAAGUGAUUUCAAUUCAAAUGGCUGUUAUCAAAUGAAGGAUUUAAAGGUCAAUAUUGCAAUGAGAGAAAAAAGUCAGUAGUAUAGUCCCAUUGUGCUUGUGGUUUUCCUCUAAUACCACCGUAGUGCUGCUCCCGUGCUACUCUAAUAAACUGCUCAUGAUGUAUUCUCAUGAAAUAUUUUGUAACACUUGAAUCCUUCUGUUAAUACCCCUCCACACACACCCUGACAAACCAGUCAGCAGACUCUUUUGUAUGUAUAGUAAAACACUGAAAGCAAUAUGCUGUAAGAGUCCUAAAGAAGCCUUGUUUUGUAUUGUGUCAAUGUGGGUGCGCAGUUUUCCAGAGGGCUAAGGAUGCUUAAAGGUCAGACCUGAGCUAAAAACGGGAUUCCAGAUUUUUUCUAUGUGCUUGACCGAUCUUGCCAGGCAUGAUGAAACCAUCGUAUACAUGGGACCUCAGUGCUCCCGGCGGGCAGAGACACAAAUGAAUCAUGUCUGGAAGGUUCUGUCUUUUUAUGUAUGUAGGGAUAGCAAAAAGAUAUUUGCCACAAACUGCUAGCCAUGCUUUCACUUUUAAAAAAGCUGUGCUUCUUCUCCUCCUCCUCCUUUUUUUUGUCAUUGCCUUGCUGUCACAUUCUGAAAACUUUGAAAGGGCAGCUACCUGUCACACUGAAUAAAAUGUGCAGCCACUGUCCACA